CUAUCCAUGUAAUCCCGAUAUACGACCGAUAGCGAUAUGAACUGACCCGAGACUACAAGCUAUAACGCAGGGAGAGAAAGAUGAAGUUUGACGAUAUUUUGUAUCACCUGGGGGAGUUUGGCAGGUACCAGAAGAGGCUGUACAUCCUCCUAUGUCUGCCAGCUAUCAGCGUGGGAGGCUUCAUGAUGGGCCUAGUCCUCACCAUGGAAACCCCGAAACACCGAUGUAAAAUUCCCUUUUAUCCCAACGACACAUAUGAAAUUCAAAGCACCUACCACAAACACCUCGUGAAUCUCACUAUACCGAAAUCAGAUGACGAAACACUGAAGUACAGUCAGUGUCAUAUCUACGUCAGCAGCGGCGCGGGAAAUUUAAAUCCGGCGAACUUCACGAGAGAGAAAUGUACGGAGUGGGUGUACGAGACAUCGGAAUUCAAAUCAACGUUCACAUCUGAGCACAACCUGGUGUGUGACGAUGCCUUGCUAACCUCUCAUGCUAAGAUGAUCUUCUACUUUGGAGUUUUGGUCGGUGAUUUGGUUUUCGGAGUCCUCGCUGAUACGAUUGGACGUAAGAAGGCCCUGUACGUUACGUUCGUGAUUCUGCUGGCCUCGGCGUUCGGAGUAUGUUGGGCCCCUGAGUUCAUCAGCUUUGUCAUCCUACAGUUCAUCAUUGGGGCAGCCAACCACGGCGCUUUUAUGAUCUGUUGUGUCCUGGGACUGGAGAUGGUCGGCCCCUCCAAGCGAGUGUGGGCGGGAAUAGUGAUCCACGCCUUCUUUGCCCUCGGUCUGGUCUACCUGGCGGGGGCGGGGUACUUGUUGAGAGACUGGCAGUACAUCAGCCUCGCUGUGGCCGGACCGUGUGUGUUCUAUCUGUCCUAUUGGUGGAUUGUUCCGGAAUCUCCGCGCUGGCUUAUCAGUCAGGGGAGAGAAUCCGAGGCGGAAGACAUCAUACGAAAGGUCGCCAAGGUCAACAAGGUCAAAAUCGACGAGAAACUCCUAAAGGUCAGCGACGAUGACGACAAAUCGUCGGAGGGGCGGAUCUGGCAUCUGUUCAGUAACCGAGUCAUGCUGGUGCGCACUCUCAUCUUGUUCUUUAACUGGGCCAUUGUAUCAAUGAUGUAUUACGGAGUGACAAUGCAUGCUGGGAACAUGGGCGGGGACUUCUACCUGAACUUCUUCCUGCUGGCAGUGGUGGAAUUCCCCGCCUACAGUCUCGCCAUUUUCCUGUUAGACAGAAUCGGCAGGAAGAAGCUUCACUGUUCGUUCAUGGUGCUUGGCGGGCUGGCUUGUCUGUCUACAAUAUUUCCCGUUCUCUUCGGAGAUAAAUCCAUUCAGCCCUUAACUCUAGCCCUGGCCAUCGUGGGUAAGAUUGGAUCCGCCGGUGCGUUCGGUGUGGUGUACGUCUUCUCCGCCGAGCUGUUCCCUACGGUGGUGCGGAAUGCUGGGAUGGGGGCCAGUUCCUGUAUCGCCAGGGUGGGAGGCAUGCUGGCGCCUUACGUGGCUUCCUCGGGCGAUUUAGUGGGAGGUAAAUUUGGCCAGGCUCUCCCAUUGGUUAUAUUUGGCGCUGCUUCAGUGACUGCAGGACUACUCUGUUUGUUGUUACCGGAAACACUGAAUAAGAAACUUCCGGAAUCAAUUGAAGAUGGAAUUAAGUUUGGCAGGGCGACAGAAAAAGAAAAAGAGGAAAUCAGUAUCUCCAAAUCAACUAAACUUUGAUAUUGUAUUGAUUUUUACCUUAUUUGUAAAAAUCUUUGAUAUCGGCAUGUCAUUUUAACUGACGAGUUUAGUUUUUCUUAUUGAAUGAAAUAUAUAUUAUCUAGAAAAAAUAACAAAAUCUAUUCAAACAGUGCGUAUGUUUUCAGUACUUUCUAUGUUCUGUCACGUGCGGACGAUUUUGUAAAAAAAAAAUCCCAUGCAACUAUUGUCAGUUUAAAUUGCUAGAAGUAUUCAUAUUCUAGAAAUGCUGUAGAGUACAAAUCGUAUUUAUUGGUGAAUAAAAGUACAUGUAUUAAUUGGUCAAGAAUAAAGACUUUAGCAAAGAGUAAACUUAAAGAG